AUGACUGACCCAUCAUUUCACAUCUUCAUAUUCUCAAGAUCAUUGAAAGUAUGGAGCAUACUCAUCAUCGUCACUCCUGUACAAUGUGAUUAUCUUACCGAGCAGAUUACGGGGUGCUCAUCAAAAUGCUCAGUCACUACGGACAAGGACCUUACAUGCUUCAACACAACUCUUGAAUAUUUCACGGCAACAUGGAUGGGCGUAAUGAGGAAUUAUGUUGCAUCCCAGCUAAAUCUCGCUGAGCGCUCUCCUAAUCGUGUUCCUCCAUCGAAAGAGCAGAUGGUUUCGACAACACUUGCUGUGAUGAGCCAAGUUCAACCUCUCAACAUUGAAGAUGAAGAGGGCUUACUAAGCGUCGAGCAAGCAAGGCCUAUAGUUGAAGCUCUGGUUGACAAUGUCCUCUCAAACACUCCUGGAAUGUACAAUACGUCCUGUCCCGAGGGUUGCGAACUCUCAGAGUCGCCAUGGAUUUGGUUGUUUCUCGUAUCCGCACUCGCCAAUGUUUUACUAGUUAUCAUGACAAUCGCAUUUAUGAUGCAUAGUUACUUCAAAGCCAAACGAAUGCUUCGUGAAACGGGCGUGCCGUCAAUCUCAAAGGAAAUCAAGCAACACUGA